AUGUCAAGUGAUGACAAAAAUAAACCCAGUGAACCCAAGGAUGAGCCCAAGAACGGUGAUCCCACGUGUGAACAGGAGUGCGAGGCCAAAUGCCCACCCAGCUAUUUAAGGAAGCUGCUGCAACGGUGCUCUGAAAAAUGCCCACGAGAAAAGUGCCCACCGCCACUGAAGUGCCCCCCGUCCCCCUCUCUGUGCCACCCGCCGUGUCCUCCAUCAUGUCCCCCAAGUCCAUGCCCAGCUGCCUGUCCUCCCAAGCCGGGUCCCAAGCCCUGUCCUCCGAAAUGCCCACCACCCUCUCCUCCCCAAGAGUGA